AAGAGCAGACAGUUCAUGAAGGAUUGUGAUGCAGCUCAGUGUUCAUGCACCAUUUACCCAACGAAUUCCUGCAGGGUUUUAACGCAGAGUUUCCAAACCCAGAGGCGCAACACCGUGAGACUUCGGGAAUGCUUGCAUAACGGAACAAACAGACCAGGCCGUGGUUUGAGAAUUCAAUGAGGGAAGUGAAAUUGUUCCUUGGUUGUUAAUUUUCUUGAAGUCGAAAGGCAUCCUAGAUUAUAGAAAAUGUCCUAAUUAGUUGAACAUGUUAUUACUUCAACUUCGUGAAAGUGACAAACUGACACAUUUUCUUCAAAAACUACUUUAUAUCGAAGGGGUGCCUUCGAUUUGAUGGCCUGCACAUGUGCAAUUCGGUGCGAGAUGACCGUUAAGACCCAAUGACGUGUUUCUGCACAUGAGUUUAGCUAGCCAAAUUUUCCAUGACAUCGCCUACAAGUGUGAUCGAGGAGAAGCAGUUUUAACCUGUCUUCAUACUGUACUCUUGACUUAGUCAAGGUCUCAUUUACUUGUUUGUAUAUUUGAUCCUCUGAAAUGGGCAUGAGACCGAAAUAUUAUUAUUAUUAUUUUUUUAUUAUUUUAUUUUUUUUGUCAGCUAGUGUAUAGCUCCAACAUGCAGGCUUCCUCUUCUUGACCAGAGGCCACUGGAUUGUGGUAGUUGUGUGCACAUAUAGACUAGGUGGUCAACCUGCUGUACCUUGCUGGCCUCUGAGACCACAGGCUGUGGUGAAUGUUAUACCACACAGGAAGUCUACUUAUCAAAUAGGAAGUAGUACAGUGUAUUUGUCAUUAUCAUCUUGCUGCCUACCUAUAAAAACAAAUCAAAUCCCUCUAUCUCUGAGUCAGACACAUCAUUAAUGGGGUGAGAGAUUAUAUGCUUGUCUAAUCAUUUAAUUCUGAAUGCAUCCUCUCAUGGAGCAGCGUUCUUGUUAGAAUGGGAGUACAUUAGUAACAUCGUAGAGGCACGGUACUGUGAGUUCUCUUGUGUUUGCUAGGUCUGUACCUGGCUGAUGUUUUAGAACUGGGGCAUUGUGCUCCUGUUAUUAUUCCUCUGUGUGGCUGCAUGGUAAUACUGGAGAAUGUAAUCUCGCCUCCAAGCAUGUGCCCCUUCAAUAUUUAAUCACCCUCCACUGGUUUGAAACCUUAGUGCUCUCUUCACAAGCUUCUGAGCAAGGCAUUCUCCAUUUACUUGUCACAUUUGAGGCUGUACUCACAGAACAAUGCUAAUUUGCUAUUCAAAUAUUUUUCAUCACAUGGGCUACCAAAAAAUACCAUUACAGGAGUAUGCAUUUAUCUUAUAGAAUGAAUGAGUACCCUUGGCUUCCUAAUGAUAACCAUAAUGAGCUCGACAGAAGUUGGUGGUCAGAGGAUGCCAGCGCCGAUCAGACUGCGGGAGCUGAUCCGGACCAUCCGGACGGCUCGGACCCAGGCAGAGGAGCGUGAGAUGAUCCAGAAAGAGUGUGCUGCUAUACGCUCGUCCUUCAGAGAGGAAGACAACACUUACCGCUGUAGAAAUGUGGCUAAGCUACUCUACAUGCACAUGCUGGGCUACCCAGCGCACUUUGGGCAGCUGGAGUGCCUGAAGUUGAUUGCGUCCCAGAAGUUCACUGACAAACGGAUAGGGUACUUGGGAGCCAUGCUACUGUUGGACGAGAGGCAGGACGUCCAUCUACUAAUGACAAACUGCAUCAAGAAUGAUCUGAAUCACAGCACACAGUAUGUCCAGGGCCUGGCCUUGUGCACCCUGGGCUGCAUGGGCUCCUCGGAGAUGUGUCGAGACCUGGCUGGAGAGGUGGAGAAGCUGCUCAAAACCUCCAACUCCUACCUGAGGAAAAAGGCGGCGUUGUGUGCAGUCCACGUCAUCAGGAAAGUCCCAGAGUUGAUGGAGAUGUUCCUCCCAGCCACAAAAAACCUGCUGAGCGAGAAGAACCACGGUGUUCUCCACACUUCUGUUGUCCUCCUCACUGAAAUGUGUGAAAGAAGUCCUGACAUGCUCUUACACUUCAGAAAGUUGGUUCCACAGCUGGUGAGAAUCCUGAAGAACCUGAUCAUGUCUGGUUACUCUCCUGAGCAUGACGUGUCUGGCAUCAGUGACCCCUUCCUGCAGGUGCGGAUAUUGAGACUAUUGCGAAUUCUGGGCAGGAGUGAUGAUGACUCAAGUGAAGCAAUGAAUGACAUUCUUGCACAGGUGGCAACCAACACCGAGACAAGUAAAAAUGUAGGGAAUGCAAUCCUCUAUGAGACAGUACUGACCAUAAUGGACAUCAAGUCAGAAAGUGGAUUGAGGGUGUUGGCUAUCAACAUACUGGGGCGCUUCCUUCUCAACAAUGACAAAAAUAUUAGAUAUGUGGCACUGACGUCCCUACUGAAGACUGUACAGACGGACCACAAUGCAGUGCAGAGGCAUCGGAGCACCAUUGUGGACUGUCUAAAAGACCUGGAUGUGUCCAUCAAGAGACGUGCGAUGGAGCUGAGCUUCGCCCUGGUGAAUGGGAACAACAUCCGAGGCAUGAUGAAGGAGCUGCUCUACUUCCUGGACUCCUGUGACCCAGAAUUCAAAGCGGACUGUGCGUCCGGAGUCUUCCUGGCUGCAGAGAAGUAUGCGCCUUCAAAAAGAUGGCACAUUGACACCAUCAUGAGAGUCCUGACAACGGCGGGGAGCUAUGUCCGAGACGACUCUGUCCCCAACCUCAUCCAGCUCAUCACCAACAGUGUGGAGAUGCAUGCCUACACGGUGCAGAGACUCUACAAAGCCCUGCUGGAUGACAUCUCACAGCAACCGCUGGUCCAGGUGUCAUCCUGGUGUAUAGGGGAGUAUGGAGACCUGCUGGUAUCUGGACAGUGUGAGGAGGAGGAGCCUAUCCAGGUGACAGAGGAUGAAGUCCUGGAUGUUUUGGAAGGUCUUCUUGUGUCCAACUUGUCCACCCCUGUAACCCGUGGUUACUCCCUCACUGCCAUCAUGAAGCUGUCUACUCGCUUCAGCAGUGUCAACCGAAUCAAGAAGGUGGUGUCAAUAUACGGCAGCAGCAUCGACGUGGAACUGCAACAGAGAGCUGUGGAGUACAAUGCACUUUUCAAGAAAUAUGAUCACAUGAGGCCUGCCUUACUGGAGCGAAUGCCCAUCAUGGAGAAAACGGCCUCCAAUGGCCCUACAGAGAUCAUGCAGACCAAUGGGGAGACUGAGCCCUCGGUGCCUGACACAAAACACCUGCCCCUAGUCACCCAGCCAACCAACCAGGCUAAUGACUUGUUAGACCUGCUGGGAGGUAAUGAUGUGGUGCCUGUGAUCCAAACCACCCUGCCCACCAAGCCUGCCUCGGCUGGCGGAGAGCUGCUCGACCUACUGGGGGACCUCUCACUGUCUGGUGGUCUCGCUCCUGCUCCCUCUGUGCCUGUCUCCCAGCCCCCCUUCCUCCUGGAUGGCCUCUCCUCACAGCCCCUGUUUAAUGAUACUUCAGCAGCUAUUCCCCCCAUGACAGCGUAUAGCAAGAAUGGCCUGAAAAUAGAGUUCACCUUUGAGAGGGCCAACCCGAAUCCGAACAUAGCAGUCAUCACUAUCCACGCCACCAACGCCACCGAGGUUGACAUGACAGAGUUUGUUUUCCAGGCUGCAGUACCAAAGACAUUCCAGCUGCAGCUCUUGUCCCCUAGCAGUAAUAUUGUCCCAGCACUCAACCAGGGAAGUGUCACACAGGUCAUCAGAGUUCUCAACCCACAGAAGCAACAACUCCGCAUGAGGGUCAAGCUGACGUACACCCACAAAGGCUCACCUGUCCAAGACCUGGCCGAGGUCAACAACUUUCCUCCUCAGUCCUGGCAAUGAUGACCGUGCCCUCUCGCUCUUAAAGACCUCGCCAAGGGAACUAUGGGAAAGAUUCUCCCCUCCCCCUUUACCCCGACGGAUCCCCCUGUGACAUCACUGCAGACUGCUGCCCUGGGGUUGCAUGGGAAGCAGCGAAGUGGCAAACACAAAAAAAGAUGGUAUGAAGACCAUGAUGACGAAAACCGCAACAAUGACGACAACGACGAUAGACAUCACCAGAAAUAUGUGUAAACAUAUGAAUUUACUAACCCUUCUUUUCCUUGAUUGGUUUCACCACAAUCUGUCUGCUUUGCAGUUGCCAUUCUUUCCAUCUCCUUGCCCUCUCAAUGCACGUAUGCCCACAUUGCACUCACUGUGGUACGCCCACCCAUCUAAGCCGCCAUAGAAAAUAGCUGUUGGCUAUGCACUUGUUUAAUAAGCAGUCUGUUUGUGUUCUUUUUCAUGUUUUUAAUCUUACAGGAAUUUAACAUGGGUAUUAUUUUUUUCCUAUUUUCAAGCCUGAAUGAGAUGCAAUUUAAUUAACUCUAUGAAAUUUGCACACUGUCCAUUCACCGCUUUCCCAAUUGGGUUUGAAAACUUGGAGUACUUCGGCUCUCAGUAUUUAAUCUAGUUUGGUCUCCAAAGUGACUAUAACACAUUCUGUUCUAAAGAUCUCCAGCUCUAUACUUCAAAUGCAAGGUCUUCAGUUGCAAUAUAAAGGUUAAUCUCUCGUGGACAGAUUCUGGGUGUAAACCGAAGAAUCUGUUGGGAUGGAAUGUGUAGGAUCAGUUUUCGUCACUGAUUAUCUGGAUGUUUCAGGAUUGGCCGAAGGCGGUGCUUAAACUUCGACUGCUUCACUUGUGUGGGGAAAUUGGUGGAAGUGGGGGG